AUGCCAACAACGGCCACGGUGCGCUUCGACGCCGCGCAAGUGCGCGCGAGCGCCGAGCUCGACUCGCCCGUGAUAAACACGCUGGAUAGCGGCUGCGAAAUCGUCAUCGUCGAGACGGUCACGCUCGCGUCCGGCCGCGAGCGCGUGCGCAUCGACGCGCCCGUCGAGGGCUGGCUGUCGCGCAUGUUCGUCGAGGACGACGACGCGGACGACGGCGACGCCGCGAGCUCCGGGUCCUCGGCGCGCUCGGAGGCCGCGUCCGACGACGGGGCCGCGUCCGAGCCGGCGUCGCCCGCGUCGCCGCGGCGGCGGCGCUGGCCCCGCGGCGCGCCCCUGUCCGCGGCGGCGCGCGGCCGCGUCGCCGCGCGGCCGGGCAACGGCCGCUGCUACGACUGCGGCGCCGCGCUCGACGGCCUCGCGUCGGCCGACGGCGAGGCCGCCUACGGCGACGCGGGCCGCGGCGUCGUCGUCUGCGGCGCCUGCGGCGAGCGCGCGCGCACGCUGCGGCACCUGGAGCUGGACAACUGGACGCCCGCGCAGUACGCCGCGCUGCUGCUCGGCGGCAACGGCACGCUGCGGGCCUACCUCGACCGCCACGGCGCGUCCGGCGCCGGCGUGUCCGCGCCGUUCGUCUACGCCUACGCGGACGCGCUGGCCGUCGCCGCCUGCGCCGCGGCGCGCGUCGACCUGGGCGUCGAGGAGCCCGAGGCCGCGGCGGCGGCCGCGCGCGACCGCCUCGCGGCGGACGCGAACGUCUCGCGGAACGCGCGGCUCGUAGCGGGCGCGGGCGAGGUCCGCGCGGUCGUCGCAAACGCGAAAACCCUGGGCCUGGGGCUCGUCGCCGCGCACGGCGGCCGCUGCGCCGUCCGCGCCGUCGCGGCCGCGUCGCCCGCGGCGCGCGCGGGCGUCGCGGUCGGCGACUACGUCGUCGGCGUCGGCGACCGGCGGGUCUGGCGCUACGGCGACGCGCUGGCGGCCCUGGGCCGCGCGCGGGGCCGCGGCGGCGACGUCCGCUUAUUGCUGCGGCGCCCGGCGGGCGCGCCGCGGCCGCCGCCGCCGCCGGAGUCGCCGCCGGAGUCGCCGGGCUCGCUCCCGGCGCCGCUGCCGUCGUCGCCGCCGCCGCCCGAGGAGGCGGACGAGGGCGUCACGGGCGGCGGGCCGGCGCCGGAGGACCCGGACGAGGGCGUCACGGGCGGCGGGCCGGCGCCGCGCGACGAGAUCGACGACCUCGUGGCGGAAUUCGAGGACGAUCUGGUCGCGGAAUUCGUCGACGGCGAGCGGGGGGACCUGCCCGCGCGCCAGCGGCGCGGCGACGACGGCCCGCUCAAGGACUGGGCGACGGUGACGGAGUCGAGCUACGGCAGCCACCAGAAGGUGUCGAGCUACUGGGACGAGUCCGCCGCGGCGACGCCGAGCCCGCCGGCGAAAGCACGCAAGGCGCCGGCGCGGGACCGCGAGGCGCCGCCGCGGCCCGAGCUCCGGCCGCCGUCGCCGGAGCCGUCGCCGGAGCCCGUCGACGCGCCGCUCGCCGACGACGCGCCGCUCGCCGAUGACGGCGAGCCGCUCGUCGCCGUCGCGCUCGGCGCCGGCGAGCCCCUCUGCGAGCGGCUCGAGCGCGACGGCUCGGGCGCGCGCGCCGUCGCGCGCGUCUUCGGCUGCUUCGGCGCGCCCGACGGCGCCGCCGUCGUCGGCGUCAACGCGCGGCGCGACGCCGUGUCCUACGACGUCGUCGUGUCGGCGCUGAGCGACUUCCGGCGGCCGCUGCUGGUCUUACUCCGGCCGCGGCCGCCCGGGUCGCCCGGCGCGGCGCCGCCGCCGCGCUACGACGAGGAGCGCCGCGUGACGCUGCCCGCGGGGCCCCUGGGGCUGCGCCUGACGGACGCCGCGGGCGCGGUCCGCGGCUCCUACGCGCGCGUCGACGCCGUGGCCAUCGGCGGCGCCGCGUGGCGCGCGGGCGCGCGGGAGGGCCUCUGCGUCGUCGCCGUCGACGGCGUCGCCUGCGGCGGCCACGCCCACGCCCUCGCGUUGCUCGAGGAGGGCCGCCGGCCCUGCGUCGCCGUGCUGCGGCGCGUGAAGCUCCGCGCGUCGGCGCCGGCGGUCUUCCCCAGCGCGGACGACGUCGCCGCGCGCGUGCCGGGCCUCGUGCGGCGAAGCGCCGCGGCCGUCGACGCGUUCGUCGAGCGCGUCCGGGGCAUGGAGCCCUUCACGGACGCCGCCGCGGCGCUUAGUCAGUCUUCUUAG